AUGCUUCAGUACGUAAACAGGCUGUCUUCGGCGCCAGAGGUCGUCACCGACAUGAAGUCUGUCCUUAAAGCCACUAAUGUAGACUACACCGCAGCAACCAAACGAUUUAUUACCAAGAAUUACAAUCGCCGAGUAAGCUGUCCUGAGGUAGCACUCAGGGCAAGAAAGAAUUCACGCCAAGACGAAAAAGCACUUCUCGAUGCACGAGUAAAGAUCAACAUCAGCGGGAAUAUUUACGAAACUUUUUAUUCAACUCUGGCUCGAUUUCCGGAUACCCUUCUAGGGGAUCCCGUUAGAAGGAGAGAUUACUUCGAUCACGAGCGGCAGGAAUAUUUUUUCAAUCGCAACAGAAAUGCGUUUGAUGCGAUUCUUUUUUAUUACCAAUCGAAUGGUCUUCUAACCCGGCCAAAUAACAUCAGGUUGCAGGAAUUCUGCGAAGAGUUAAAGUUUUUCCAGAUCAAUGACGAAACUCUAACUGAAUUCAUGAGAGACGAGGGUGCUAUUGAAGAAGGUGAAGAAGAAGUAGAACUACCUACGAAUGCAAUUUUACGGAAAAUAUGGCUAUGGUUUGAAUAUCCAAAGUUGUCAAAAGUUUCUAAACUUGUUGCUACUAUUUCGGUUUCAUUCAUUGCAAUUUCGAUCUUCGUUUUAUGCGCCGAGACAGUAGUUCAUGAAAACGAAGGAAAUAAAACGUCUAUAACUGACUUGGAACAGUUCAGGAAAAACAGACCAGCUGAACUUACAAAGUUAUACAGCGUUCUAGAAUCGCUUUGUAUCGCCUGGUUCACUUUAGAAUUUUCGCUUCGAAUUGUUUCGUGCCCAGACAAGGUGAAGUUUCUUUUUGAUUUCUUGAACGUAAUAGAUCUCGCCGCUAUUUUGCCACACUACGUACAGAUAGUAUUGGGUGACUCACGGUCUGUCAGUGAAAAAACCGACGCGCUAAGGUUACUUAGAGUAUCAAGAUUGUUCAAAUUAUUUCGACAUCUCGACGAGCUUAAAGUUCUCGCCAAAACAGUGCGAGCGACGUGGCGGGAAUUAAUCAUGAUCUUGUUUUUUAUCGUAAUAACCACAGCGAUCUUUUCUGGUUGGACGUUUUAUGUUGAGCACGAGCAACAAAAAGAUAUCUUCUCUAGUAUUCCAGCAACAUCUUGGUUCGUGAUCGUCUCGCUUACAAACGUUGGUUACGGCGAUAUGGUUCCUGUAACGGUGAUGGGAAAACUUUUAGGAGCAUUAUGCACGUUAGCAGGUGUACUAGUAAUUGCUUUGCCUAGUCCUGUCAUUGUUACCAAAUUUCGUUUGUUUUACGAGAAGAAAAAGAGAAAAAAACUGGCGCGUUACAGAUUUUAG